GCAAAAGCUAAAAUGUUUGUGUAUAUUCCUCGUAGUCACUUCCCCAGCGCGUGCUCCAUAAAUGUCGUGGCAGCUCCGCGCGGCAGUGACAGCGUUAAAACGGCUCAGCCAGUCUCCACCUUUUAUGUAAAUAGCAGUGUAAGCGAGUGGGACCCGAGGCGGAGAGAGCGCUCGGUGAAUGGGAGGGGGAGUUGCCUUUACGGAUCCGUGCGCUCACAAGAAGGAGGUGUGGGUCUCUGUGUCUAGUGUUUGCAUCUUUUCGGAGGAAAGAAGCGAUAGGCUGCCUUUGGAUGCGAAUGUGCAAUCAUGUCACGAACGCUGGACUGUGCCACGAGAGCAUCUGAAUAAUCCAUACAGGCGAUAAACGCACUCUGCAGGAAUAAAGAAAUGGGUGGCCAGAUAACGCGAAAUGCCUUUUACGACUGUGCCAGCUACCGGGGUGGUCUGUGCAACAGACCUAAUGUACGUUCCAGCAAAAAAGAUGGGCUGAGAGGAGACUCCCUCGGUGGCCCGUUCCCGUCCACGUCACACCGAUGUCACCACAAACCCAAGAGAUGCCUGCCAAUUCAGUGUGGCACCAUUGGUGGGCCCCUUCCCAUCAGUCCACUUCUCUUCCAUCCAAAUGCCAAGGGAUCCCAAAUUGUCAUGGACCUCGCCCAGAAAACAGUCAAGAGGCAGGCCAGUUUCUGCAACGCCAUCACCUUCUGCAACAGGCCUGUAGCGCUGUAUGAGCAAGUCCGCCUCAAGAUUACUAAAAAGCAGUGCUGUUGGAGCGGGGCUCUACGCCUGGGCUUCACCUCCAAAGACCCUUCCAGGAUAAACCCAGACAACCUCCCCAAGUACGCCUGCCCUGACCUGGUGUCCCAGAGUGGCUUCUGGGCCAAGGCCCUGCCUGAAGAGUUUGCCAAUGAGGGCAACAUUAUUGGCUUUUGGGUUGACAAGAAAGGCAGAGUCUUCUACCGCAUUAACGAGUCAACUCCAAUGCUGUUCUUCAGUGGAGUCCGCACAGCUGAGCCCCUCUGGGCCCUCAUUGAUGUUUACGGUCUGACCCGCGGAGUGCAACUGCUAGACAGUGAAAUUGUUCCUCCCGACUGCCUGCGCCCACGCUCCUUCACCACAGUGCGUUCUUCCUCUCUGCUGCGUGAAGCCGAUGACUCCCGUCUGUCUGUCAGCUUGUGUGACCUCAACCUGCAGCAGGAGGACGGACGCCCCACCCACACUCACUCCCACCGCCACACACUCCACUUGGCUUCGGCCUCCUCCUCCUCCGCCUGCCCCAUACCUCAGAACUCCCUCAACUCCCAGCAGUCCUCUCUGCUUCCGUCCUCCUUGGAGAGCGACCUCCACUUCCACCAGCUGCGUGGCGCCCACAUUAAGACGCUGGACGAACAGACGGUGGCACGAUCUGAGCAUGCACGAGAGGAACGCACUCUAGUCUUCACCAACCGGCCCCUGAACACCGGCGAGACUGUUUUCAUCAAAGUCACCAAGUCUAGUCCGGCGCGCUCAGGCUCGUUGUCCUACGGGGUGACAUCCUGUGACCCGGCGGUGCUGCGCCCCAGCGACUUGCCCUACAAUCCAGAGGCUCUGGUGGACAGGAAGGAGUUUUGGGCUGUGUGUCGUGUGCCAACUCCUCUCCAAAGCAGUGACAUCCUGGGCUUCUUGGUCAACCAGGAAGGGGAGGUCAUCCUGAGCCACAACGGCACCAAUGUGGGCAUGCAGGUGUGCGUUGACAACUCCCGUCCACUCUGGAUGUUUUUUGGUCUGCAUGGGGCUGUGACACAGCUGAGGAUUCUGGGUUCCACUCAUCUCAGGGAUCCACGGACCACAUCGAACCCCAGCUCGCCCUCCUCCUCUCCUCACACCCCCAGCGCCCUGGGCAGCGGCAGUUCUGAUCCGGUGCUGAACGGAGGCCUGUGCUCUGCGGCUCACUGCAGCUCAGCAGGGGGAACGACUCCAAACUCCCCAGUCAGCCUCCCCAAGUCACCUACGUUCCCAUCAGGCCGUGGACCUUGGUCUGACGAGUGCUCCAUCUGUUACGAGAACAUGGUGGACACGGUCAUCUAUGCCUGUGGACACAUGUGUCUGUGCUACACCUGCGGCCUCAAACUGAAGAAGAUGUCCAACGCCUGCUGUCCCAUCUGCAGAAGACAGAUCAAAGACAUUAUCAAGACCUACCGGAGCACGUAAGGGGACGGACAGCCUCAGCAAAACAGCAAAAUCCCAGAGUCAGGGAAAGAAAUGUCAAAGUUCAGGGAAUAUGAACUCUGGUACUUUCAUUUAGUAUUUUCAUACAGUUAUUGUUGCUUGGUUCUCCUGCAUGACCUUUUCCAAAGCCGGUACUGCUUCGCUUUCACUGUAGAGAGGCACCGUCUCAGCCUCCCUGCAGAGGUGGCUCUUGAAGUAGCAGGGGUUACCACUGAGAACUUCAUUCUUGUUCACUCUCUCUCUCCUGUUCAAUCUCCUAGGAUCAUGGAAGACUUUGAAAGAGAGAAAACUGAACCAUUUCCAAAAUUCUUUCAUUUCUGGAGUCAUGUCGUAAGAUUUAGGGACUGUCACCCAUUUGCACCGAAGCAAAUGAGUCACUUUGGGGCUGAAUGUCUCGAUAAUAGUGCUCUUAGAGGAUGACUGGAGCUCUGAAAUACGCCGUCACGCCACAGCCGAUAAUCAUCUCAGUAUGUCACAACUUGUGUCUGUGUGGUACUGAGCAUUGGAAAAGACAAGUGAGUCUGGCAGCAUAAUGAUGAAGUGACAGAUUUCUGUAAUUGUCGUGGUGAUUAUCAGUGAGUGAUGUGCUUAGAAAUGCAAGGCGGUGCUGAGUAUAUUAAGUAGGAUUGUAACACCUCUUGUACUCGUGUAAUCUAAUGUACCUUUAUGGUAGUUAUAUUGCAAAUGUCGGUGGUAGCUAUGUUGUUGUGCUAGCUAGCUGCUUGCUCUGCAAUGUGGUAUGUUGCACUGAAAUCAGCAUCAUCCUCUCAGAAACGCCCCAUUAAAGAGAGAGAGAGGUUAAAUUUAUUUAUCUACAAACUGCGUCCAGCACACUCAGCAGCUCCGAAUUUCUGAAAGGAAAGUGGGAAAUAAAAAAACCAACAUAAUCUGGAUUCUCCUCAGGGCCAGUAGUUUUUUUUUUUGUUUUGUUUUGGUUUUUUUUUAAAGAUGUGAACUAUUUUCCCAAACUUCACCUACGACCACACCUAAUACACUGUGAGUGCUCAUGGCAAAUUGACAGGUCCUCUAAAAUAGUUUCCCACAACAAUGCAUGAAGUCAAAGGAUUGUUGCUAUGCUAUGAGAAGCCACCAUGUACACAACACAGCAUCCUGCCUUAACCCACACAAGGUUCAUUUGUUACACACAGAUGUAUCAUAUUCUGUGUUUUCUGCCAUUUUCCAAAACCCCUGACAAAUUACCAAAUAAUGCUGUUGUGUGGCGCACACUGUCAAAAAAUAUCCACUCAGAGGAGAAAAGCACACAAAUUUAAAGUUAUUUUUGUAACGUAAAUUAAUUUCCAGGAGUCAACUAUUAAAUUGUUUAAUGUGACAGGCCUUUCACCAGCAAAGAUCCUUUACAGAAAUCACGUCAGGGCCAGGGUUAUUAAUAAAAAGCUUGUAUUUUGAAUAUUUGUGUGAUUCCUAUCCCAUAAUUUCAGUAUAAAAUGUCCUCAUACAUCCCCCAGAAACUUCAGCUGUAAAUACACCAACCCAGCAGUAAGCCAUAGCUUAUUACAGGACAUCAGUCAAAGCUGAGAGGCUGUUUUAAAAAAAAAAAAAAAAAAAAAAAAUGACAUUGUAUUUCAUUUAGUAAAUAAUCAACAAAUGGGGCUGAAACCUAUGCUGCUAUAGUAUUUGCCAGCUGUCCCAUGUGGACAAAUGCUGGCAGUGAUGUUUCACACAUCCCUCCUCCCACAUCAGUUUGAUUACGCUACUGCUUGAAGUGUUAAGUCACAUUUGAAUGUUAACUUAUGUAUUUAGAGAAAUAAAUGAUUUUUAUUGGUGUGUGUGAAGUGACAAGAAAAUAAGAAAAAAAUUUUAUCUGUUAAGUUUUUGUUUUUUUUUAAGUUUGUUUUGAUUGAUAAUCAUGAUUCAAAUAUUUGUUUUGUCAUUUAGCCAGAACUUUGAGAAUCUAAAUUCAUGCUUGUUUUCUACUAGUGCGAAUAUAGAGGCUUGCUUGUACCUUGCCGCAAUAAGAGAUAUUGCAGUACACAAUCAAAACCUCAGUGCUUUGAGGUGCAAGAUAUGAACUCUUGGUUUUAUUACAAUCCCUGACUUUCAGGUAUUCUUUUUUGUAAUCUAUCUUCUCGUGUGUAAGCCACCAUUAGGGAGCCCUUCUACCCGCUGCGGUUUUUGCGUAUAUAUCUUACCAUCAUUUAGUUUGAGAGCCAUCGCUGUAUGGUAAUAAUUAAUGUCACUUUAUAAAGCUACUGAUUGUAAUCUUGUAAAUGUUUGCAUUGCUUUCUGAGACUCGGACAAGGCAUAUUUUAUUUUGUGUUGACCAAAUUGAAAAAAAAAAAAAAAAAUCAUUCUUUUUUUUUUUUUUGCAUCCAUCCUUUUAAAUGUAAUUCCUUUGGUGCAAAAGCCUGCAUUCAGUUUUGGAUUUUUUUUUUUUUUAACCAUUUACAUCCAUCCCUUUUGGACCACAUUCACUGAUAAACACAAAGCUUAAAAGCAUUUGACUAAAGACUCUAAUCUGUAAAUUAUUCUGUGAACAGCAUAAUGAAAAUAUGUAAUACUAUUUUUAUGUUUUGCGUCCAGAAUACUCAACAUGCUCCUUGAAUGUUACAGAUCCUGUAAUGUACUAUUUAUUUGUCCAUCAAUGUAUGGACUGUUCCCUCCAAACGUGCUUUUCUUGCGUGUUUGCUUUUGCUUUCUUUUACAUGUCCACUGUUCCGAUGUGACUGCCGCACAGCAGCGCAUUUAGAGGUUCCUUCUGUAGCUCUUAGUACUUUUUGUCAUGCAUGGGUAAUCUGUUCACACCGCGUGAACGUCGGGACCAACGGUAGACGAGCAUCAGAGUUGAACGCUGUUAGCGUUCAUGUAGACUGGAACCAGUGGCUAGAAAUACUAUAUCUGUGUUCAUUGUUGUGACUCAGCAGCUUAAGCAAACCUGUGUUUCCUUUCUUUUUCAUUUGAAAGUGUUUGUUUGUGAGCUCUGUUCAGUGUGAGUUGGAUGAUUGUGGUUAAUAAACUUUCCAGAUGUGUUUGAGCAAAA